AUGACCGCUCUUGCCUCCACUUUGCGAUUUGCAUCACAAUCGCGUCUUCGACACCAGUACCAAAUGAUUCCCUCCAAGGACCAUAACGUGCGUGUUAUUAACUCGUCUACCGGGUCACCGGUAGACGAACGUUAUGAAAUGUUCGAUGGAGCACAAGGCGGGCACUUCUCGUGGCGCAAGCAGAUGAUCAUGGAUCUGAAACCUUCACGACAUCGCGAUACGUACUCCGGAGCACUGUUGUUCAACAUCUGCGCCUUCAUCUUACCAGCCCUCUAUGGCACCUUGUCAAAGCUAUGGGUCGCCAACAUCGACUCAUCCAUGGUAGUCACUACUGACACAUACACAUAUAUCGGUGUGGUAGCGGAAGUCUUGAAUGAAGGUUUGCCACGCGCUUCCUACCUUGUCAUCGGCGACAAGUCCAAUCGCGGCUUCCGUGAGCGGUUACAACUCACUCAUACCCUCAUCCUCUUCCAGUCGAUUCUUGGCCUCAUCAUGAGUAUCGGCUUUGUUGCAGGCGCUUCUACGUUUGCAAAAGGCUUUGUCCCUAUCGAGGUGAGAUAUGUGAGUGUCACAUACGUUCGAAUCUCUGCAUUCUCGGCCUUUAGCUCUGCGGUUGAGUAUGCGGUCAGCGCCUCAACCCGCGCGCUGGACAAGCCCAAUAUUCCACUUGUUAUCAGCUCCGUCAAGUUCGCCAUCAACAUCAUUCUCGACUUGAUCAUCAUUUCCAAGUUCCAUGUCGGAAGCGUCACACCAACAGUGAACAUGCAAGCCGGAAUCUCACUUGCUUGCAAUCUCACCUCCGCGCUUGUUGGGCUGGCAUACUUUGUCUACACAACGAGCAUCAGUUCUAGAUCUGCGGUUCAUAACGACAAUUCCAGUCGGAGGACACUCCCAUCUCUGCCAGCGUUGGUCACACUUGCCAAGCCAGGUGCAAUCUUCUUCUUAGAAUCGGCUAUCCGUAACGCGCUCUACCUCUGGCUGGUACAUGGUAUUGUCGGCUUAGGUAGUGACUAUGCCACGGCUUGGGGUGUCUUCUCAACCAUUAGAUGGGGUCUGAUUAUGGUACCAGUAAUGGCACUCGAAGCGACAACACUGACUUUCGUCGGCCACUCGUGGGGAGCACUGCGUGCCACAGUCGUUGGUAUCUCGCAGAUCACAAAGUUACGAGUAACACGAUGGCAACUGUGGGGCGUGACCCGAUGGGCGUCCUACUCCGUCAUCAUCGUCUUGAUGGUAGAGAUCCCACUUUGUCUUAUCAUGUCGUUCGUCGGCGCCGAAUCUUUUGCGCGAUACCUCUCAGGCUCUGACGAGGUAUCACGUAUCACCGCACGGAUGUGGCGCACUAUUGACUGGUGCUACAUCAUGUACGGUGUAUCGACACAACUAGCUGCGAUCCUAGUCUCUACGCGCCCAACGUGGUAUCUCUACCAGUCGCUUGCAUCGAACAUCCUUUACGUGCUACCGUGGGCGAUCGCGUGUCAAGUAGUUGACUUGAGUGUAGGGGAUGCAUGGACAUAUCACAGUCUAGUAUUUGGUGGAAGUCUGGUCUUCUCGUUCUUCACCAUCAUCGCAGUCGACGGGGUUUGGGCCUUCAGGCUAGUGAAGGGAAAGAUGGCAAUGAAUAAAACGUAG